UAUGUUGUGCAAAUUGUCCGCUCGUGCUGAUGCUGCUUUCUUUGGCAGCUCCCCCAUGAAAAGGGCAUCGGUCAUCAGAGCGGAACUAACCUGCAGGUUGAACAAAAGAAAAGUCGUGGUUUGAGCAGUGACCAUCAGCCCGCAGUCAGCAUCCCGGUGCUCUGAUGCAGCUCUGCAGACUGCGCAUGCGCGAACGCUGUCACGACUCAGAUGCUGCAGCUGCUGGUGUAAACAUGGCGAUGAAGGCGCUCAGAGGGAUGAUGAACGGAGCCAUGAAUGAGCUCUCCUCGGCGGUCAGCGGGAACAAACAGCCUCCCGCCGCCGCCGCCGCUGCCGCCGCCUCCCGGGAGCACACCAUGGCGGUGACCCGGGACUAUAUAUCCCAGCCUCGCCUCACCUAUAAAACAGUAUCUGGAGUCAAUGGUCCACUGGUGAUUUUGGACCAGGUGAAGUUCCCCAGGUAUGCUGAGAUUGUUCAUCUGACCCUGCCUGAUGGCACCAAGAGGAGUGGGCAGGUGCUGGAAGUCACUGGUUCCAAAGCUGUGGUGCAGGUAUUUGAGGGGACAGCGGGGAUCGAUGCCAAAAAGACCAGUUGUGAGUUCACCGGGGACAUCUUACGAACGCCCGUGUCUGAGGACAUGCUGGGUCGUGUGUUUAACGGUUCUGGUAAGCCUAUCGACAGGGGCCCUGCAGUCCUGGCAGAAGACUUCCUGGACAUAAUGGGCCAGCCUAUAAACCCUCAGUGCCGCAUCUACCCUGAGGAAAUGAUCCAGACCGGCAUAUCUGCUAUUGAUGGUAUGAACAGUAUUGCCCGGGGGCAGAAGAUACCCAUCUUCUCUGCUGCAGGUCUACCACACAACGAGAUUGCAGCUCAGAUCUGUCGGCAGGCGGGCUUGGUGAAAAAGUCUAAGGAUGUGAUGGACUACAGUGAGGACAACUUUGCCAUUGUGUUUGCAGCCAUGGGGGUCAACAUGGAGACAGCCAGGUUCUUCAAGUCUGACUUUGAGGAGAAUGGCUCCAUGGACAACGUGUGUCUGUUCCUCAACCUGGCCAAUGACCCCACUAUUGAGCGUAUCAUUACGCCGCGUUUGGCUCUGACCUCAGCAGAGUAUCUGGCCUACCAGUGUGAGAAGCAUGUUCUUGUCAUCCUCACUGAUAUGAGCUCCUACGCCGAGGCUCUUCGAGAGGUGUCUGCAGCCAGAGAGGAGGUGCCGGGCCGACGUGGUUUCCCGGGCUACAUGUACACAGAUCUGGCCACCAUCUAUGAGAGAGCUGGCAGAGUGGAGGGACGCAGCGGUUCCAUCACUCAGAUCCCCAUCCUUACCAUGCCUAAUGAUGACAUCACCCAUCCCAUCCCUGAUCUGACUGGCUACAUCACUGAGGGCCAGAUCUAUGUGGACAGACAACUGCACAACAGACAGAUCUACCCUCCCAUCAAUGUGCUGCCGUCUCUCUCUCGUCUGAUGAAGUCAGCCAUCGGAGAGGGCAUGACACGCAGAGACCACUCCGAUGUCUCCAACCAGCUUUACGCAUGCUAUGCUAUAGGUAAGGACGUUCAGGCGAUGAAGGCGGUGGUGGGAGAGGAGGCGCUGACAGCUGAUGACCUGCUCUACCUGGAGUUCCUGACCAAGUUCGAGAAAAACUUCAUUUCCCAAGGUGCCUAUGAAAACAGGAGUGUGUUUGAAACUCUGGACAUCGGAUGGCAGCUGAUGAGGAUCUUCCCCAAAGAGAUGUUGAAGAGGAUCCCUCAGAGCACCCUGGCUGAGUUUUACCCUCGGGAAGCCAAGCAUUAAUGCCUCCGCACACACAAACAUUGACCACACCAGUAACAUUUCCACUGGCUUCAGUGAAAUUCACUCUCUUGAAUGUCGUAUUCAAACAUGAUACAUUCAUAGAUUGCGAUGUGACACUCUGUGAUAUUCAUAUGGCCUUCUCAGUGUAUGCUUCCUGCCCAGAAACAGCCUGGCCACCAGGAAAAAUUUUUGGCAUUUUAUAUUUCUACAAAUUAAGGAUACUUUGAAAUAUCAUGUUGUCAAGGUCUGUGACGUAGUAUAAAGCCAGCGAAAAAUUCCAUCACACGAUCAACUUUGCUUCUGCAGAUCAUGCAAGAGACGCAUUCACUAGCGUUCACUAGCUAUUAUUAACAAAUGUUAGCUAACAUUUCCUAACCUUAACCAUGACCUUUUCCUAACCCAAA